AUGGAAGUUGCCGAGGAACAAGAAAUAUAUAAAAAGUGUUAUCAAUUAGGGCUUCAGUUGUUUGAUAGUUUGAAUAUUUAUUAUAAUGUAUCCAAUUCGUUGAUAGUGCUAUGGAACAAGUUUCAAAUAUUCGUGUACGAGGACUUGAACUUCGAGAACAGCUCGAAAAUAUUCACACCAGAGUUUCAAGUGGAUCAACUGAUUUUGUCCAACAAUUAUUUAAUAUGUUUAGACAGCAGCGGCAACGUUCACACGACGUCUUUGAAAUUUAAAAAUCCAGCUCAAAAACGUUUCAAAAGCAGCUUUUUACCUAGAUCACAAGGUGUGCUACUAUUAAAUGCUCAAAUUCAAGAUAGUAUAAUAAGUAUUAAACACGAAAACGACCACUACUAUUUGUACUUGAACAAAAUAAACUCUGAUUUUCAAUUGGAAAAUAAAAUGCAGUUAAAGUACGACGGCCGCUGGCCCCUACCCGCGCCUAUGCAAAACAAAUGUCUUUUAACAUCUUACAGAUUAACAACAACAGAACUAAAUUACAUUAUGAAAAUAUUUAAUUGUAAAGAAACUAAUAUGAGUGAUUGUCAUUUGCUUGUCUUGUCAUUUGAUAAAUUAACAUUAUAUGCUUGUUUAUUUAAUCAGAAAAGAGGAGUUAAUAGUGCUAAUCUUGUUAAACUUUAUACCUGUCCAUCAGAAAUAUGUAAUAUUGAAGUAGUGGAUAACAAUGGCUUGAAUAUCUAUAUAGGUCUGAAAAUUGGCACAUUUAUAAGAUUAUUUCUAAAUAAUGUUCUAAGAAAACCAGAUAUUAUACAUUUAAACACAGCUCUCCAUAAAUAUGCAACUAUCAAAGACACAAUUAUCUAUACCGAUGGAAGAUCUAUGUGGAAAACGGAGAAUUUGUUUGAUGAAAAUAUAUCUUUCACUCGAUGUUUUGUGAGACAAGUAAAAGAUUUUGUGAGAUUCGGUGAUCAAAUAAUCUGUACAUCAUAUACGACAAUGUUGUAUAUUUUCCCUAUGGAUGAUCAUAACUCAUUUUUGAAACAAGAAACAACUGAAGAGUACUGCUCCGCUGAGAAAUUAAUAAAUAAUUCAGAAUAUUUAUACAAAAUCAUGGAAGAAGUAGAAAAGAAUAAUGAACUAACUAAAAAAAUUAACAAUGAAGGUAAUUAUAUAACGACAUUGUCAAUGUCAAAAAGGCAAGAUGUCAUGGAUAACAUUUUACAGCACACUGUUAAAGUAUAUGAAAGUUAUGAAGAUGUAACAAAAGAAAAUUCAGACAUAAAAUUAACAGAAAAUUUAUUUGAAUAUUUUAAGCCUAAUUCAUUUUAUUUUUUAAUCACACUCACUACUGGUUCUAUGCAGCAUGUAUUAAAUAAUAUCUUAUCUAAUAUAUUGAACAAAGUAAAAAUUCAUAUAACAUUAUCAACAGAUUUGAAAUUACUGAAAACUACUAGUGUGGAAAUGGUUGAAACUUUUAAGAAAUUGAAGGUGUUGUUGCCCUUUGAUAACAAAGAUGACAAUGUUACUGAGAUAAUUCUAAAUCUUAAAUUGGUAUCGAGUAUCCCAGGAGCCUUUGAUGAGAGACAAAAACUGUGGGCUACUCUUUUUAGGAAGUGUGUAGUUUUGAAAUCAGAACAUUUCAUAAAACCCAACAUUGCUAUUAAGAGCUGUCUGAUUUUAAAAGAACAACCGGAACCUUUAUCCGAUACAAUAUAUAAAUUAGCUGUUGACCAAUAUGGCAGUUUAUUUAAUAUUACAGAUAUCUCAAAGUAUCAUUCUAAUUCAAAACAAUUCUCUGUGUAUGGUAGACUACCGAAUGAUUAUGAAAACAUAUUUAAAGAUGAGUCUUUAUUGAAUCGUUUAGAAUAUUUAACCAAAAAGAAGGCCACAUAUGUUUUGGAACAAAUCAGAUCUGAAGAAUUUCUUAAAUCCAAAAGUAAUAUAUGUUUUCAAGUCGGUAAUACUAAUGUUACGAUUGAGAUUAUUAAUGAUGAUUUUACCAAUCCACUACUGCAAGUGACCAGCAUGAACAUGCUUAUUGCAUUUAAUAUAAGAAACUUUAUAACAAAUUUAAUAUACAAUGAGGCAGCAAUGGGUACUGGUUAUGGAAACAUUAAGCAUGUCUUAUACAACACUACAGAGAAUACGCUUAGAGAAAUCAAGCUUGCAUUACUGAAUCAAUGUAAUCAUGAAGAAUUUCAACCAUUAACUGAUAAAUUUCAAAAAGAUGUGAUUGGUGCUCUGCCCAUAUAG